UAUUGUUUUUGCAUUUUUUUUCAUUGACGAAAUUAUAAUGUUAAAAUUAAAAUUUUCUUUUUUCUCUUGAAAAUCCAUAAUUUCCUGAACAGAAUCCUAUUCUCCAUCCAAAAGCAAUAAUGACAUUAAACCAAAUUGUUCGUCUUCUUUAUGGUCGUAGUCCUUGUUCAAUGUAUAGGUCGACCAUUCUAUUCAAGACCGGUGGCCAUCAACAACAACAACAAAGAUUUUUUCAUUUGACGCCUACAUUCUGGGCUGGCCAUUCAAAAUGGCAAAAUAUUAAACAUAUAAAAGCUUCGAAAGAUCAACAAAAAUCUCAAUUAUUCAAUCGUUUAAUAGUGAAAAUUCGAACGGCCGUACAAAAACAAGGUGGUGCUGAUCAGAAUCUAAAUCGAGAAUUUGGUGAUGUAAUUCAAGAAUGUCGUAAGGCUAAUAUGCCAAAUUCUACAAUAGAUAAAGCAGUGAAAAGAGCAUUGGAGAAGAAAUCAUUUUUAUUGAAAUUAGAGAUUAUUGGUCCUGAAAAUUCAUUAUUAGUGAUUGAUGCCGAAGUUGAUAAUAGAAAUCAUUUUCGUAAUGAAGUUCGUAAAAUAUUGAAGAAAAAAAUUGGAUUCGGUUUUGCCGAUGAAGGACGGGCAUUAUCAUCAUUUGAAGAAAAAGGUGUUGUACGUGUGAAAAAUGUAAAUGCUGAUACAAAUUUUGAUAUGGAAAAAGCCGAAGAAAUUGCUAUAGAAGCCGAUGCUGAAGAGGUUCGCAUUAAUGAUGAAGAUGAUACAUUAUUAAUGUUUAUUGGUGAUCAAUAUUCACAUACACGUGUUAAAUUGCAUAUUGAAAAAAAUUAUGCCAAUCAAUUUGUUGUCAUUGAAAAUGGUGUCGAAUUAAUACCAUAUGUACGGACAGAAAUAUCGGAACAAUCAUUUCAACAAGUUGUUGAUGCAAUCAAUGAAAUUGGUGAAUUAGAAGGUGUUAAUCGUGUAUAUAACAAUAUCUAAAUGCUAGAAUUUUAGAAUUUUAUUAUUAUUUAAUAUAAUCAAUUUAUUAUUAUUAUUA